AUGAAAGUCCUCCCUAAAAGUGCUUCACUUCUACACGCUUUUAAAUCUUCUUCAAUCAUUCAUUUUUCUAUAGCACAAUAUUCUACCGAUUUUUCCCAUCUACCCGGAGCUCGCCAACCAAAGAAACCUCAAAAAUCUACAUCAAGACGACUCUUAGAAAUUAGCCAUGAACAAGUUGUCUCUUCGUUUAAACACAGUGUGGAUCUCGUUCGCCAACAUGAUUUUGAUAACUACAUUGGUGGCCUCUUCAGUCCAAAAGCAGCGCAGCCAGGAAUAUUUGCGGUUCUCGCCUUUAAUGUGGAAUUAGCCCAAAUUCGCGAGAAAGUGGGAGCUGAUUCUAAAAGUACAACCGGCAUUUAUCGUUUACAAUUCUGGAAAGACACACUUGAGUCGAUAUUCAAUAAAAGAGUUGGACCAGUUCCUAGACAACCAAUAGCCAUUGCUCUGUGUUCUUUUGCCUCGACUAGUCCUUUUUUGCUAUGGGAAAGCAUCGUCACCGCCAGACAGCAAACGAUUGGAGAUCGGCAAUUUAAAACAGUUGAUGAGGCUUGCAAAUAUGGACUUUCGACUUGGGGAAGUGUUAUCAAGCUGUGGAUGAAUUCACUUGCAACGAUUUCUCCAAAUGCCUCUUCACUCAUCGAUCAUCCCCAAGCCAUCCAAGCUGCUGAACACGUUGCUACAGCUUUUUCGAUGGCUAAUAUGGUUCGUUCCGCUUUACCACUCCUCUCCCGUGGCAUCGUUUUAUUGCCAGCCGAUUUGUGCUCAAUUCACGGUGUUACUCCGGAUCGUCUGUACAACAAAAAGCAAGAAAAUGAGUCCAAAGGGGUUAUUCGUGAUUUGAUUAAUAUUGCAAGCGAUGAACUACUGAAAGCUAGAUCUCUCAAGGCUGCUGUACCAAAAGAGUUGAGACCCGCUCUUCUUUCAUUUGUUGCUUCUUGUGAAUACAUUAUUCGAACUACAAAAAAGGCCGACUAUUUAUUAUUUGACAAAAAGUUACAAAGGAGAAAUGCUUUAUUACCAUGGACACUUUUAUGGAGGCGAGCACGGGAUUCUUAC